AUGUCGUCAUCGGAUAACCUUCCCCUUAACGAACUCGAGAAGGAAUUACUUGACCCAUCAUCGGACUGUUAUUUGGAAAACCUAUUAGAUGUGGUGUCAGCCCUGGUUACUGAUUGUGACUUUCCAUCUGCGAAAAACUCUAAAGGUGUUCAAUCCUUCCUCAAAAAAUACAGUCAAGCAGCUAAAAUUAUUGAAUCACGUCGAACAAAAUACACGGAUUUUGAAUUGAUUAAAGUCAUUGGCCAAGGGGGAUUUGGUCGAGUGGAAUUAGCUCGACACAAACGUACACGACGCGUGUAUGCCAUAAAAUUAAUGAGUAAACAACACCUAUUGGAUCAUAGUCAAUCCGGUUAUUGGGAAGAACGUGAUGUUAUGGUAAAAGCAUCAAGUGAAUGGUUAGUAGCUUGUCAUUAUGCAUUUUUGGAUAAAGACAAUGUCUACUUAUGCAUGGAAUAUAUGCCCGGUGGAGAUUUAUACUAUUGGCUAGAGAAAUAUGAUACAUUCGAUGAGACAAUAGCACGUUUCUAUCUGGCUGAAACAGUACUCGCCCUAGAAGCCUUACAUCAAUUGGGUUUCAUUCAUCGUGAUCUAAAACCGGACAAUAUGCUGUUGGAUGCGAAAGGACACUUGAAACUGGCUGAUUUCGGUUCAUGUGUACGUGUUGGCCAAGAUGGUUACUACUAUUGUACCUCACCGAUAGGUACACCGGAUUAUAUUAGUCCAGAAAUGUUAAGUUGUCAAGCGAAAGCCGGUAAAAUUGGUCCUGCAUGUGACUGGUGGGCGUUAGGUGUUAUUGCCUAUGAAAUGUUUUUCGGUGAACCAGCCUUUUAUGGCCAGUCUCUAGUGGAAACAUACAGUCGUAUUCUUGCCCAUGAGAAAUCCCUACGUAUACCAACGGAUGCUGAUCCAAUCUCUCCGGAGACGGAACAAUUCAUUCGAGAUCUAUUGAAAUCGCCGACAACUCGUUUAGGCUCAUUCGAUUUGUUAACAGAAGCUGAGAUAAUCACGGCAAAGAGUAAUAAAGCAGUGGCUGCAGCUCAACAAGUUAAAUCACACGCCUUUUUUAAAUCGAUCCAAUGGGAACAGCUGAGGUCGGAGAAUCCACCGAUUCAACCGGUUGUCAACUCUGAGACAGAUACAUCGAAUAUUAACUUUGAUGAAAGAGAUUUAAGCUCAGAUAAUGUAGGCAGUGGUGGCGGUGGUGGUGGGGGAAGUGGUAUGAAAUUACCGCAUAGUGGUGGAGCAUUUGCUCCAGCUCGUCCACAGACACCAGCUUAUUUCACAGGGAGUAAUUUAUCUUUUGCCGGGUUUACAUUCAAUCGUUAUCAUAGAUAUUUGGAAAUGUUCUCACGUGUUACGAACACCAACAACACGACGACGACAAACAACAAUAAUAAUAGUACUGCUACCAAUGAUAAUCAGCCUCUUGAAAGUGGGCUAGUAGAUACACAAUCAUCAAAACAAUUGACUGAAGCUAUAGAACGUCAAAAGUUGACUGAAGAAACCCUGAACAAUUUAAAACAAGCCUUUCAAAAUCUACAAUGUCAAUCAAGUAAAGAUCAGUUGAGUCUAAAAUCAAUGAAUCAACAAUUAGUUGACUCACAGAAUGAAGUGAAACAAUUAAAAAGUGUGAAAACAGACUUUGAAUGUCAAUUACUUGAUUUAAACAAUCAAAUAAAUAAUUUACACUCGGAACGUGAUGCGCUACAGGCGAAGAUUAAAGAAUUAGAAGUACAGUGUCAAACAAUAACACUGAAUUAUGAAACAGAACAUCGUGAGUAUGCAGGCUUGAAGAGUGACAAGGAGGCAUUGGAUCAACGUAUCCAGCAGUUGGAAAAAGAAUUAUUAAAACAACAAAAAGAUUUGGAGACGAUGUCAGCAGCAGCAGCAGCAGGGAAACAACCGUCGAGCGAUACUUCACCUACUACUGAUAAUGAUACUACUCAAAUGAUUAAUGAAUUGAAUGACUUAAUAACAAAUUUAAAAGUACAAAAUUCUACUCUCCUCUCAGAAAAUCAAGAAGCCGAGAAAAAGUGUACAGCGCUAAUGAAUGUUGUCUCUGAAUUGCGUAAAAAUCUUGAAGAACAAGUGAAAGAAUUAACGGAUCAAUUGCAGACUACGCAAGAGUUGAGUUGCACUCAUUUAACUAAAUAUAAAGAAACUGCGGAUUUACUUGAACAAAGUAAAUUAACCAUCGAAAGGUUGCACAAUGAUUUAAGCGUAUCUCAAGCGAAUCUUGAUAAAACACUUCAAGGUAAACAGACAAUUGAAGAGGAAUUAAUUCAGAAAGACUCUGAAUUAUCUAUGGCACAAGUACGUCUACGUAGUUUAGAAACUAAUCUAGACUCGGUACGUAAACAUGCUGACGAGGAGAUUCAUCGAUUGAAUAGUCUAGUGAAUCGACAAGCUGUAGAAAUGAAUGAUCUCUCCAAACAACUUGAUGAAAUGCGUAAUUGUUGUGCUAAUGUUGAAACAACCAAUGGUCGAUUAACUGAACGUGUUCAACAGUUGCAAAAAGAUAAAGAAAUCCAGCAGCGUAAUCUUGAUACACUAGUUGAAAAAUUCUAUAGUGAAAUGAAAACGCGUACAAUUCCACCGCCAGUCAAAUCGAAAAUUGUCAAUCGUGAUGAAUAUAAACAGUUAGAGAAAAAGUAUAAAAAUCUUCAGUCGACAACACAAAAAGAUAUUGCAAAUUUACAUGCUACAAUUGAACAGUAUAAAAAAGACUUAGCUGAACGAAGUAACUUGAUCACUAGUCUAACGGAAGAAUGUCAAAAUAUGUAUAAGGAGCUGGGUCAACAAAGACAAUUGGAGAGAAAUUUACGUGCACGUCUUGAUUAUUAUGUCAAUCCACAUUCUACUACACUAACAAAAGAUGGGAAUUAUCAGCAACACCAACAACAGAAUUCUUCAACAGUGUCUAUACGAACUGCUGCCGGCGGAGAUAAUAGUGGUGGUGCUGGGGAUACAACACUUUUGUCAGCUGCUGAAGAAAACUCUGCCCAACCAUCUCCUUGUGUGGAUACAUCUGUCAUCACUGGUGGCGGUGGCGGUGGCUGUGGUAUUCCAUCGAAUAUAUUGAAUAUUAUCCUUGAAGAUAUUGUCGAUAUUGAUAGUAAAGGACGUGGAAAGCAUAAGUUAAUCUGGCUACCGAAAUAUGCUGUACUGAAAAGAUUUUCACUAUUAUUUUAUCCAUCUCGAGCUGAACGUGAAUCGAAUCCUUCACUGGCUGAAGAAAUUCCACUCUAUUGUAUAAUGCAUGUCCGUGAAGCUACUGAAUUAGACCUAAUCCAUGCGAAAAAAGAAGAUCUGUGUAAAACGAUACAAAUAUUCUAUCAAAAUCCCACUACUACUACUACUACUACAGCGGCUGCUGCUUCCAAAGUAGUACAGCACGUUUAUGAUUCAAAUAACAAUAAUAAUAAUAAUAGUAAUAAUGAAGACACUGAAUUAGAUGUCUGUGAGACUAGUGUAACAUCUUCUGGCACACAAAAUUCCCUACAACUAUCUUCAUCAAUGUUGAAGUCUUCCAGUAGAUCCAAUCAAGAUCAUACUACUACAACUAAUAAUAAUAAUACUAGUAACACUAUUACUACUAAUUCAACAAACAUUCAAUGGAUGAGCCAUAACUUCCAAUUAAUGCGUUUUCAUUUAGGCAAUGUAUUAUGCGAUGUUUGUCAUAAAAAUUGUUCCGAUCUAUUGAAUCCACCAAAAGCACUGGAAUGCUUGAAUUGUCGUCUUCGAAUCCACUUUGAUCAUGUUGAUAAGCAUGAAAAGUUCACCUCGUGUCAUAAUGCUGCAAACGUUCGCUAUCUACGUAUGUCAAAUUCAGCGGUGAAAAAAAAUUACAGCAAACAACAACAAGAUCCAGAACAAAUAUCAUUAUUAAUUGAUGCGGAUGUCUCGUUAACUGGAGGAGAUGGUGGUGGUGGUUCUACAACAAGCAGUAAUAGCAGUAAUAAUAAUAUUCUACAGUAUAUGAGUCCAAUGAAACCGAUUUAUCGUAGUAUGCGAGCUGGUUCUCUCGGUCCAUCAACAAUUCAACAAGGCAGUAUCACUACAAAUCAACGAUCCGAUAGUCUGAAUUAUCUACAAUAUUCAUUUCGUAAAAAAAUUACUGGCGGUUCCCGUGCUGGUGGAGGGACUUCAUCAACACCUAAGAAUAAUAAUAAUAAAUCACCACGUUCUGCUUCACCAGCUCUUGUCUUCCCAAAAUUUGAAGAUCGAUAA